AUGAACAAAUUGGAAGAGCUACGAUCUUUGUUCAAAGAUAAACUGAAAGACGGCAUUCCCGACCCGCCAGGGAAAUUUGAUCCGAGAGAUUUAGAAAGGCUGAAGGAUAAUAAAUACCUGAGAAGGAUAUUAGAACAUUGUGAAGGUAAAACGGACGCUGCAGUUAAAAUGCUUUGGUCAAUUAUGAUCUGGCGUUGUAAUGUCAACGCUUGGGACAUCAGAGAUACAGUCAGAAUGGAUUAUGUGAAAAAGGGGUUGUUUUUCCCUCAUGGAAGAGACGUCGACGCUUGCCUUUUGUUUAUAAUGAAGUGGAAAUUGUAUAACAAAGGGCAGAAAAAUGUAGAAGAUCUAAAGAAGGUCAUUGUGUACUGGCUGGAAAGACUGGAAAGAGAGGAAGAUGGGAGACCAAUAACAUUGUUUUUUGACUUGGAUGGUUGCGGACUGAACAACGUAGACGUUGAGAUUGUGACCUACAUGAUAUCUUUAUUAAAGAGUUACUAUCCGAAAUUUGUAAACAAUAUUAUAAUUUAUCAAAUGCCGUGGAUAAUGUCAGCGGGGUUCAGGAUAGUCAAAGGUUUCCUGCCGGCAAGAGCUGUUGAAAGACUUAGAGUUAUCAAUAAAGACCAACUCACAGAGUUCGUGCAUCCUAAACAAGCGUUAAAAUGUUGGGGUGGAUAUGAUGAUUAUGUUUUUCAAUUCGUUCCUGAAAAAAUCAACAAUAUACCCAAAAAGGUUACCUUUGCCGAUGAAACGAAUGAACAAAGCAGUAGAGAAUACUUGCAGAUAGUUCCAAACGAUUUUCUGACAUUCCGAAACGAUAAAAAUGACGUUAAAUCAGAAUUCACCGUAACAAAUAUAGACAAUACAUAUUUAGCGUUUAAGAUCCGUACAACUGGCCCAGAAAAAUUCAGAGUGAAGCCUAGUACUGGUGUUUUAGCACCGAAUUCAUCACAAACAAUUACAGUUACCGUUUUGCCAGGAUUUGAUCCAAAUGUUAUUGUUGUUGAAAGAUUUCUGGUCGCUUCUAGCAUAAUCCAAGAAUAUAAACUCUCGCAUAAACAAGUGGGAGAACUUUGGCGAAAUCCAAGCAUAGAAGUAAAUGAAAAAAGAUUAAAAUGUAAACUUUUAGAAAGAGAAGAUGCUGGGCAAAAGUCUUCAGUAGUGAAACCUAUCGAUAACUUUCAAAAGAAGUAUGAAGCUUUGUGGAGAAGUAUUAAUAUUUUGAAGCAAUUUGAGUUGUUGACACUGUUCUUUAAUUUCAUUCUAGUAUUAUUUGGAUAUUUGAUGUACAAACGGACAAAUCAGACUUAUUGUGAAGUAUAA